CUUUUCCCGUGAUCACCACCGAAAUUACUGAUCAAUCACCUCAGAUCUCUCAAGCAGUCCAGCCUACGCACCAGUACUCCACCUCUGCGCCUGCGCGGGGAGGGUAAGGCGGGGCCAGCAACUUCCUCAGGGGGAGGGAGAUUGCACAGUGGAGCCGCCAGUUGAGAACGACUCUGAUCCGGCUCAGCUUUCCAAUCAGCUGCGGAAGGAGCCACGCUUUCUGGUUUGCAACAUGGCAGCCACCAGUGGAACUGAUGAACCGGUUUCCGGGGAGUUGGUGUCUGUGGCACAUGCGCUUUCUCUCCCAGCAGAGUCGUAUGGCAACGAUCCUGAUAUUGAGAUGGCUUGGGCCAUGAGAGCAAUGCAACAUGCUGAAGUCUAUUACAAGCUGAUUUCAUCAGUUGACCCACAGUUCCUGAAACUCACCAAAGUAGAUGACCAAAUUUACUCUGAGUUCCGGAAAAAUUUUGAGGCCCUUAGGAUAGAUGUAUUGGACCCAGAAGAACUCAAGUCAGAAUUGGCCAAAGAGAAGUGGAGGCCAUUCUGCUUGAAGUUUAAUGGGAUUGUUGAAGACUUCAACUAUGGUACUUUGCUGCGACUAGAUUGUUCUCAGGGCUAUACUGAGGAAAACACCAUCUUUGUGUUCAGGACAAAGAAGGAGAGAAAGGAGUCAACAAUGGAGGAGAAAAAAGAGCUGACAAUGGAGAAGAAGAGAACACCAAGAAUAGAGGGGAGAAAGGAGCUGAUAGUGGAGAAGAAAAAAAGGAAGGAAUCAACAGAGAAGACAAAACUGACAAAGGAGGAGAAAAAGAGAAAGAAGCUGACAAAGAAAUCAACAAAAGUGGUGAAAAAGCUAUGUAAGGUAUACAGGGAACAGCACUCUAGAAGCUUUGACUUAAUUGAGUCUACAAGUGCCACGGUGCUACUUGCAUAGACCCCUUUGGUGAAAUGUAAAUUCAUGUACAAUUGAAGGAUACUCAGGAGGACAUCUUUCUAGUCUAACAGUCAGGAACUGCUCUGGUCAUUCCCUUGUAUGAACUGUUCUAAAGACUAUUAGUGGGGUGUUAAUUGAUUUUUCCUGGUAUACUGUUUCUUGGAUGACACCACUGGUCAAGUAAGAAAUUUGUAAAUAAAUUUCUUUUGGUUCUUAUUAUCUAUAUCUGUGACUGAUUUUAAAAAGGUAUUUGACACUUGAAAUUUUUUUCAAAUAUAUAAUCUCAUCACCAUGUCUUAUAUAUAAUAAUUUACUCCUGUUUCUUACUG